AUGGGAGACUGGGGAUUCCUGUCAGGCUUGCUGGACAAGGUCCAGUCCCACUCAACGGUCAUCGGGAAGAUCUGGAUGGUCGUCCUCUUCCUGUUCAGGAUCAUGGUCUUGGGUGCGGGUGCUGAAAGCGUCUGGGGCGACGAGCAGUCGGGUUUCAUCUGUAACACUCUGCAACCUGGUUGUGAGAACGUCUGCUAUGAUUGGACCUUCCCCAUCUCGCACAUUCGCUUCUGGGUCAUGCAGAUCAUCUUCGUGUCCACGCCGACGCUGGUGUACCUGGGCCACGCCGUGCACAUCAUCCACGCGGAGAACAAGAUGAGGGAGAGGUUGUUGAGCCCCGGUGGGACCCGGCGGCUCAAGGAGCCCAAAUACACAGACGAGAAGGGGAAAGUGAAGAUCAAGGGGAGCCUGCUGGGGAGCUACCUGACGCAACUCGUGGUCAAGAUCAUCAUCGAGUCCGCCUUCAUCGUGGGCCAGUACUACCUGUACGGCUUCGUCAUGGUGCCCAUGUUCGCCUGCUCUAAGACGCCCUGUCCCUUCACCGUGGAGUGCUACAUGUCCCGACCCACGGAGAAGACCAUCUUCAUCAUCUUUAUGCUGGUGGUGGCCUGCGUCUCCUUGCUUCUCAACGUCAUGGAGGUGUUCUACCUGCUGUGCACCAGGGUCAAAUGCGGCUCCAGUCCUCGCUCUCACAAGAUCACGUCAGCGGAGAACCCCGCCAGCCUGUCGGGGCCCCGGUGGACGACGACGGAUGAAGCACUGAAGCAGAACAAGAUGAACAUAGAGCUGGAGAGCAUCGGUGGCAGCCUGGAUGGAGCCAAAGAGGAGAAACGACUACUGAGUUAA